UUACAACAGGCUUAUCAAUCAAGCAUGUUGAAGGCAUUUAAAAAGACCCUUGAUGAGGGGGUUUUCUCCCUUGUAAUUGUGGAUGACCGCAAUCUGCGGGUAGCUGAUUUUGCUCAGUUUUGGGCAACUGCAAAGAGAUCUGGUUAUGAAGUUUACCUUUUAGAAGCUACCUACACGGAUCCAACGGGUUGCGCAGCUCGAAAUAUACAUGGUUUCACCCAGGAUGACAUACAAAAGAUGGCUAGAAAAUGGGAAGAAGCUUCGUCAUUGUACUUGAAACUGGACAUCAAGUCAUUAUUCCACGGUGAUGAUUUGAAGGAAAGCGGGAUUCAAGAGGUAAUUUCAUAGACUAUAUGCCAUUUGAAUGCUUUUAUCUAGACUAGGAAAGUGCUUCUGAAGUUCUUGUUGAUUAAUAUUCUUGAAUAGCUAAAACAAGCUGUGGUUUUGAUUCUUGUUGAAGAGAAGAUUAUAUCAAUUGUGGUUCACAUAGAUAGCAGAUGGAUCCUGAAUUUUUUUCUCCCCCCACCCCCAAUUUGUGGUUGUUUUCAUUGCAUUUCCAAGGACAUUAUUUGCAUGGUACAUAAGAGUGAAAUAGGAUAAAGAUUAACUUUUAUAUUUUUUGGAGGUCUCAACACUUAGCUACUUCUCCCAUUUCAUUCCCACUUCCAGUACCUCUAAAAUUGGUGAUACUAUGUUCCUAAAUGUAAUUGCUAUGAAGCACAGACACCUCCCCGGGGCCUGCGUACGAGUGUCAGACACGCUGUGGACAUGUGUCGAACACUCUCCCUAAGGUGUCCCCUUUUUUUUUUAAUUUUUCCAAUCUGACACACGAUGGACAUGCGAUGACAUGUUUUGGACACGCGUGAGGUGGAUCGAAGAAGCCCUAACCCGUUGGGGAGAGAGAGAGAGAGAGAGAGGUCGAUGAAGGAAGCCCUGAAGUUGUUCAAAAGAGAUCAAUUGAAGCACUGAAGCUGUUCAAAAGAGAUCAAUCCAAGGCCCUUCUGAGUUGCAUUUUGACAUGGAUAUGGAACCUAACAAUGAUUGUGGUUGGAAGCCAAAACUAGGAAUGCCAUUUGAUUCAAAAGGUUCCGGCAUCUGUUCGUGUAAGGAGAGAAACUGCUAUUCAGAAGUCCAAACCAAAGCCAUCUCUCUCAACAGCUGUAGCAGCAGUCAAAAAGCCAGCAGUUGCUCGAACUGAGGUGAAACCAGAGUCUGUUAAUUACUCAUCAGCAGCGGCGCCAAAGACCCAGAGUGUUGAUGACUCGUAUAUGGCCUUCUUAGAGGACAUGAAGGCAUUGGGUGCCCUAGAUAGUUGAGCUGAUUUUACCAAAAUGAAGAGGUGCAGAGAGAAACAAUUUGUACAGCUAUUUUGAUCAAUCUGCGUUUCACUGAGUAAGAAUCAUUCCAUGCUCAUGGCCUUUAAGUCCUGUAAUAUUGUCUUGGAGCCUUUUAACAUUGUUACAAUUUUUAAACUAUCUCAAAUUUCGAGAUGUGUAAGUUACAACUUCGGAUUUUAUUUUUUUAUUUUUUUUUUUAACGCUUCAGUGCGGGGCAAAAUAUGUUAACCUACAGAAGUAGAAAAUUUCUACAUUGAAGUUGAAGUUUGUUUUCUCAAUAGCAUAGUCUUUUCUUUUUA